CCCGGCUUGAGUCAUGGGAGAUUCUCCUCAGCAGCCGGCUUCGCUUCCUGAACAGCGCCGAGGCUGCAGAUGCCACUGCUUAUCCAGAUGUUAAAAUCAUGGUCAUCCAACUCCUACUGAUUUAUUAAUAUUAACAAAGAAGGAUCCAGAUGGGGUGCAGGUGCUGUAAAAUGAUACAAAGCUACAUCUUUGAUCCCCAAGAAGUGCAGACACCUGGAUACAUCAAUGAAAUAAACAACUACAAGUCAGAUGAGCAAGAUAGAGGUAAACUCAAAUGCAAGCACAGCAAUGACAUCCAGGUACAUAAAAAUGAACUGCAGAAUGCCGACUUACAACCAACAGCAAACAGGCACAAAUUAAACAACACUAAGGAUGUUGUACAGAACCACAGAAGCACCGCUCUUCAUGAGGAAGGACUUGGGAACUUUGUUGAAAAGUGCAACUUCAGCAUCAACGGCAUCCAUUCCUACUCUGGUGUAAAUCUCAACCCAAAUCCCAACACCGACAAAAACAAAGAGAUCAGCACACACAUCUGUUCUGGUCAGCCGUUGGAUUCUUCAGCCAAACGGGUCUCCCACCUAAAAACAUGUGAUAACCAUGAGAUCCGAACAACAGAAAAUCAACCAAAGCUAUCUCCAGAGACAACAGGAAGCAUGCUGUAUCAGGAAUCUCAGAGUACAAGUGAAGACGUUUCUCCCACUCAGAGUGACAUAUCAGAGGCCCAAGACAAUGGCACACAUUUGCCUGGCCCAAAUGAUCCCCCAAACACCAGUCAUGAUGGGAAACAAAGAGCUGCUGGAAGUGAGAGUCUGUUAAACAAUCACACACGCAGAGGCCAAAGCACACAAUGCAAGGCCAUGUGCAAACCAUUGUGCGCAUCUGAAAGCUGCAAUUCAGGAGACGAAGCCUGUAGGACAGGCCCUUUAAAUGUAUGUUUCGAGGACAAAACAUCCAAGGAUAACCCAUCUCUGCAGACUGAGACAGAUGCGGUGGAAGAAGCUAAAUAUGUGUGCCACAAAGAGAUUAAUGGAGAACUCGAGGAGGAGGAGGAUGCAGAGAUAGCAGAGGCUCUCGCGGCCCUUGAGGCUGCUACAGCAGGAGAGGACUCUGAGGAAGAAGAGGACUAUUAGUUGACCACCUAAUAAUAAAUGUCUCUUCAGAUGCUGCAUGAGUUGCCACAUUGGGGGCCUGGCCUGCCUUUGGGGACAGUGCUGCAGGCCUUUGCCCAAGACACUCAUAACAGGCAGAGGGAAUAUAGUUUUAGGCCAGGUGAGCUAAUUAACAAGAGCAGCCACUGCCACACCAGCAUUGCAUGUUUUUCAAGUCUAUGCUGAUGUACCACCAUCAACAUCACCCAGCCAAACACUUAUGUACCAGGCCUCUACCCUAGGAGUGAGCAGAAGGUAGGCCAAGUUCAACCAGUAGAUUGGCAUGGGUUUCUGACUCCCUGCCAAUUGUUGCUAAUAGGAACAACAAAAUGACUUUUCUCAUUGAAAUUAGGCUGCUGAAAUGAAGAAAGCUUGGGGUAAGCAGAACUGGACUUUAGUGAGAAAGGACUCUGGUCUCAGUUCAGUUCUGGUACUGAACACAAAUUCCUUGGCUCAGAAUGUGCUCAGAGGCACCCCUGGGGGUUUUUCAUUCUAAGUGUACAUCUUUUCCACCUGGCUCUAGUUGAUGGAUUGUGGGGUUCUAAUACAAAACAAAGUCCUGAAGGCUUCCCAACCUUACUCCAUCCACACUAUGAGCUACCUGCACCUCCUACCAGCCAAGCUAAUCUCUUCCUUCCAAGAUGGCAGCUGCAACUGUAACAAAUGCAUAUGCUGCAAGGAAGGUCACCAUAUAUAAUUCACACAGAAAGGAGCCCAGCUAAUAUGAAAUAACCCCACUCACUUAAAGAAAACAUCAUGUUGAAACUUUGUCCUGCCACACUUUCAGGCAGUACAGGACUUUUUCUUGAUCCUCCAGGCUUUACGUACUUGAGGGUCUUCCACUUAUCUCAAAGCACACCUGCCAAAAGGCAGUUUCAGCUAGGGCUCAUCCAGAACUCUGGGUUUUGGGGUGAGCUUUUCAGCAGUGCCAAAAAUACCUGCCCUUUUCGACAUUGUUUUUUUCUUUGUGGGGAGGACAGAAAUGUUCACUUGCUCCUUCACACUGACUUCAGUGAUGUCGCCACAUAGCCCAAUCUAAUUGAAUGCAUAGUGUUGUCAUUCUUCCCAGUCUCUUCUCAGUCAUUCAUGAUUAAAUCAGGCCACAGCUAGGGAGAAACAAUGGGGCUGAACAGGACUGGGGAAAGAAAUGAAUAUCCUGUCUUAACAGUACACAUGUUUACUUAAAGGUAAGGCCUCCUGUACUGAAAGCGGUUUAACCUAGGAAAGGGCAUACAGGAUUCCAUCCAAAGGGGGCAAGCCUAUUGUUUCCAGCCCCAAUUAUUGUAAACCACUGAACUCUAAGGUUUAGAAUCGUCCAAAGCAAGAGGCACAGUGGAGGCAAUUUUCCCUUCCUGUCCUCCCACUUUGCAUUUUUGCUAGAUGGGCUAUAUGCUUUUCACCCAUCUAGCUGACGCAUCUCAGAGGGGGAGGGAAGGAGGCUGAAGAGGGCUCAGGAUACCUUGUAUCCUGGUCUCUCCAGUCUCCUCCCUACCCACUGAAAUGCCCCCUUUCUUCAUCCUCUGAGAUCGAGCUCCCAACCUCAGAGAGCUGGUGGUGCAGUUCUUUAUCCACCUGCUGUGGGCAGGUGGGGACAGAGCAUGGCUUCCCUGUUCCAUGGUCUGAGUGCUGUAUUCAACUUUGGAUGUGGGAAUCUAAAAUAUCUUAUGGCCCCUUAGAUGCUGUCUAAGGGGGCCAUAGGAUUGUUCCCUCUCUUUUGGGAACACUUGCUAAUUUUUACCCAAAAAUCUCAAUUGGAGAAUAUUUAGCUAAGCUGUCAUUUCAUGUUAUUUUUCCGUCUAUAAAGCUGUGUGUUUUUUUUUAAAAAAAUGAUUAAACAUUUCUCUUGAAUCUCUAGCCACAUAUUCCCAAUUCAUACCAAAACAUUUGGGAAGAGCCAUAGCUCAAUGACAGAGCAUCCAGUAUCCGAGGCAGUAAGCCUGUGUGCACCAGUUGCUGAGGAACAUGGGUGGGAGGGUGCUGUUGCACCAUGACCUGCUUUGUUGGUUCCUGGUCGAUAGCUGGUUGGACACUGUGAACAGAGUGCUGAACUAGAUGGACCCUUGGUCUGAUCCAGCAUCAGGGCUCUUCUUAUGUUCAUGCAGGAGGCCCUGGUUUAAUCCCUGGCAUCUCUAGUUAGAGCUAUAGAAAAGAAUCUUGCCUGAAACCCUGGAAAACUGCUGCCAGUUAGAGUUGUCAAUACUGGUCUAGAUGGACCAAUGGCCUGACUCAGUGUAAGACAGUUUCUUAGUCAAUCCGGGCACAUUCUGCACUGCACAGGUUUCAUUUCACUACAGUCCUUCUUUCUGCUGAGCCCUAAUGGUGCCUCCCAUUCAAACUCUGGUGCUGUGUGUACAUGCAGCAACAGGUGUUAUCCAGCCACUUGGCAAAAUGCAUCAGGUUCCAUAGUCCUAAUUAUCAUCAGGGCUAAUUUCCAGGCUUGACUAGCAAGAAACAAUCAUGCCAUGCCUUCCAUUCCAUGGAUUCUUGCUGAAGUCCAGCCUUCCCCAAUCUGGUGCCCUCCAGAUGUCCAAAACGUCUGGAGGGCCCCAGGUUGGGGAAGGCUGCUGUAGGAUGAAACUGUAUGAGACUGAGGAAUAUUCAUGUUGCAGUCUUAGGUGUGACCGUGCACAAAUUAAUAUGAACCUCAAAUUACAGACGCUUCCAAGCUCAGGACAGGUUUGCACAUGCAUUUGUAUUACUUGAUUUCUCAUCACUCAAUUUGCUUGCAGAAGAACACAUGACAGGACUCCAUUAAAAAGCAUUGUUUGGGGUGACCUGAAUGUUCUCUGUCUUGUUUGUAUUUACUUAUACAACAGUAUCAACCUGAACAAACUUCAAAAUUAAAGGCACUUAUCAACUGCCAAAAUACUUCCCCAGGAGCAUUAUUGUUCGAAAUGCAUAUAUAAAUCAGGAUCCUUUACAAAUAUAAUAAAUUUGUCACUUUUACACCCUUAGAGAUCUUACCACUUAUUUGUGCAUCACUGUAGUUCCAUUUCUGCCUUGAAAUAGUUCAGUUUUAGGGCUGGCUAAAACACAUAGUUAAAAGACGACAGCAACAUUGAGAGAGUCCAUCAAGUAACUUCUUUUUGUCUGAAGGGUCAAGGAUAGUGUCCAACACAGGCCUUGUGUGGGCGGCCCAAGGCCACCAUUUGUGGUGCAUGUGGGUGGCAGCCCCUAUUGCUGGUGGUUGCGAUGUAGCACUCCUGGGGGAAGUUCUGUAAUGAGCAGAAAUGCUCCUUUCCAGAAGGGGCAGGUCGUGGUCCCUUCCAGAAAUGAGAACUUCCACUUGUUUGGGUGCUUCCCCCACCCCCCACCCGAAGCGUUACUUCAUGGCUGCCAGCAGUAUAAUCAUAGAAUCCUAGAAAAGUAGAGUUGGAAGGAGCCUAUAAGGCCAUCGAGUCCAACGCCCUGCUCAUUGCAGGAAUCCACCUUAAAGCAUCCCUGACAGAUGGCUGCCCAGCUGCCUCUUGAAUGCCUCUAGAGUGGGAGAGCCCACAACCUCCCUGGGUAAUUGGUUCUAUAGCUAUACUGCCCUAACAGUCAGGAAGUUUUUCCUGAUGUCCAGCUAGAAUCAGGCUUCCUGUAACUUUAGUCCAUUAUUCUGUGUCCUGCAUUCUGGGAGGAUCGAGAAGAGAUCCUGGCUCUCCUAUGUGUGACAACCUUUUAAGUAUUUGAAGAGUGCUAUCAUGUCUCCCCCUCAAUCUUCUCUUCUCCUGGCUAAACAUGCCCAGUUCUUUCAGUCUUUCCUUAUAGGGCUUUGUUUCCAGACCCCUGAUCAUCCUCAUUGCCCUCCUCUGAAUACGCUCCAUCUUGUCUGCAUCCUUCUUGAAGUGUGGUGCCCAGAACUGCACAUGCCCUCAACUGCCCAUGCAAGGCCCAUCUGAUUCUCGGGAUUGCCCCCUCCAUGUUCAGAGACAGCACUCCAGCCUCAGAAGGAAGAAUCAGAGAUAUGCCCCUCCUCCCAUGCUGCCAUGGAAAGUACCCUGCUGGCUACUCUCCAAGGUCAGAAAAGCAACCUAAGAGAGAGGGGAAACAAAGCAUUUCAAUGCGAGGGGAGAAGACCAGGGAGGCUGGUAUGCAGGUUAUCCUGAGCCUCUUUCAGCUUCAUUCCCUCCCCUCCAAAAAAAAAAAGCCCAUCUAGCAAAUGGGCAAAAAAAGCACAUCUAGCAAAUGGGCAAAAAAAAGCCCAUCUAGCAAAAAAUUGAGGGCAGAAAGAUGAGUGUAAAUAUCACCUCCAGUGCUCCUAAUGCCCUACCUAGGAGGAUCAGAAGCCUCCGAGUUUGGGGGCUUCUGAUCAUCAAGAGGGCAAUCAAUAGGAUUGCACCCUAAAUUAACAUUAAAUCUAGGGCAGGCUGAAGAUAGAGAUAAAUGGAAGUCAUAUUUCUCCUGUGAUCUUUUGAAGCCUGAUGGUGGAGAGGCAGGUGUAUGGACGCAGCCCUCAAAGCAGUACAGUGGGGAACCAUGCGGACAUUAACUGGGCUGAACUAAAGAUUGUGUGGUUGCAGAAAGGAUUAGCUGCUAGCAAAUCCAGUUUAGUACCAGAUUGCUUGGUGCCUUAUGAAUGAAAAACAUUCCUUCAGUUUCCCCGUGACAGUAUUGACGACGUUUGAGAAAUACUUGGUAUAUCCUACCAGAAAAUAUUUAUUCCUUAACUAUUGGGGAGCUAUUCCCUUGGAUUUCAAACUACUGCAUUCAACUUCACUUUGCUAGUUUUGAGGUUGGAUGCUUUAAGAGAAGUAAUAAAUGAAAACGACACAGCACCUGAUGUUGGACUCAAGUUUCACUUACAGUCAACCAUUCCCUUCUGAUUUUAUAUUUGAGAAGAAUCUAUUGU